AUGGCCGAUGUACAUGGAUCUGUAUCAGAUGUUGCAUAUACCAGAGGAGAUGAGCACAACAAGUUGCAGGAUGGACACAACAUCAACCUAUCUAGAGAGCAGUAUGAGCAUGUUGUGAACUUGCUACAACAUUUUCAGUUUGGAGCUCACGGAGAGAAUAGCAUCAACAAGACUCCAGAUUUUGUGGGAGGAAAUGCAAACUUUGCAGGCCCCUUCAAUGGAAGAGGCCUCUGGAGAUUGGUGAAGCUAGGGAUGGAUUAUACUUCCUGUGUCCAAAAUGCCUCAAGAACAAGAGCUGUUCCACUACACAGUGUACUGGCCCUUUGAAAAAUAAUUUUCCUUCUGUUACAAAUUCUGCUAGUUCCUGUAGUCAUAGAGCACAAUGUCACUCUCAUUCUGCUGUAAAUAGUAAUCACAAUACGAAUAAGUGCUCCUAUAAACUUGAUGUACAGAAUUCUACCUUGAAGAAUGAACAACAAUUUCCUA